AUGGAACAAUCACCAAAAUCAAAAUCACAACGGCCUAACCGUGAACCACCUCCUGCACUCUUUACUACUCCUUCUCAAAAUGCAUCUCAUGUAUCGAUAGAAGGUGGUCUAGCACUUGUACCAUCUAAUCAAUCAUCUGCCUUAUAUGCCACCACCUCUAGAAAUACCCUCGUCCAUCAACGGUCCCAAAGACUACCUCUGCGAACUCAUUUCGAUGGCCCUACAGACACGGCUCCCUUAAGUUCAAUUUCUCGUGUAGGAAGAGCUCCUUCCGAGGGACAAAAACAAGCUGCGAGAACCGAUGCGCUAUGGGCGGAAAUGCAAAGCACAUUAGAGGAAGUUGAGCUCAGUGCUGUAAAUGCGACACAUGUAUUUGGACCCGAACAUAGCAGAGCAUUAGAGGAAUUACGUAAAACACAAAUAGCUUUGGCGCAAGCGUGGGCAAGAAGUGAGGCUGAUGAUGUAGUUGAUGAGGGACGUAAAGGUGAUAUUGGGGGUGGGGCAUUGGGGAGUGAAGGAAAAAGUGCAUUGGAUGGACCAGGAAUGACCGUAACAUCUGGAACGGAUGGAGGGAGAAGUACAGUUACUAGUGGAGCUCAUAGUGGAGGUGCGGAGAGGAUGGGUAGUAAAUUGGAGGAGGAUACAAAGGCAGAUAUUGUAUUGGCGAGAAAGAGAAGGGAGGCUAAUGAUAGGUAUUUUCAAAGGGUGAAUGAGGGUGUGCUUGAUGUAGUAGCAAAGUUGGAGGAAGUUGCUAGUGCAAUGAGAUCCGUGGAACAAGAGAGUCGAGAUAUUUGGGGUGAUAAUGAAACUAUGGAUACAGCGAGUUUUCAAAGCUCAGUACCCUGA